GAAAUGAUUUGAGCUUCGACACUACCAUGCCAACUGGUAUCUACAACACACAAGAGGACGUGAAAGCCUCAUUAGAAGUCCUAUUUCUCGAAUACACCUACAACUGUAGCGCUGAACAAGAUGCAUUCGCAUGUGAUGGGCUAGGAGCAUUCUACAAUACAGUGAAGGAAGAUAGGCAGACUGCCUAUAAGCUGUUUGCUGAAAAUUGCGACAAACGAAAGUACGGACAUAGUUGCCACAGAUUAUCGUUGAUGCUGUCGAAACAUGGAUCAGACAAGCCAGCUAAAGAAGAUCCAAUGUCGAAAGAGCACUGGGUUUCGUGGGAGAAAAAGGGAUGCGAUUAUGGAUUCGCUACUUCCUGCUACAAUUAUGGAGUAUAUCUUACCAAACAAAAUGGCGGCGUUAUACCAAAAAGUGCACUCGAAGGCUUCCUCUUUGCGUGCCGCUCUAGGAAAGGGUUCCAGGGUUGUGACCGAGCACUGACUUACAUGCUCGUGAAUAACGACUGGUCGAAAGAUGCUCUAGAUUUAGCUAAAAUUGGAUGCCAGGCGAACUUGUUGAUUUCUUGUGACAUAGGUCGCCAAAUGUAUAUGAGAGGAAUUGGAGGCGUGGAGCAAAAUAAACAGAAAUCUAGAUUUUUCGAGAAAAGAGCAAAUUAUAUUCGCUCAGUUGAAAGUACUGUAUUAUCUUAAUGAAUUUCUCCUAUUGUAUUAGCAAUCAUUUUCAAUUAUGCUAGCGAAAUGAUUUUAUUGAGGGCUCAUGGUUCAUUUGGACGUUAGUUUUACUGUUUUAGAUGUGAUGAAUUGAUUAUCAUUAAUAAAAUGGAUUUGAGCCGAAAGAAAUUGCUUAACUGUAUUUUAUAUCGUGCUCUGCCUGUGACCUCCAGCCGAAGUUUCUACUUAGCAGAGAAGUUCCAGCCCAAACCAAAAAAGCGGGUUCUGUCAUACGAAGACAUGAAAGUUCACCCAGCCGACAGGAUCAACAGGCCUAACGAACUGGAAAAUGUAUCGAAGUCGGGAGUUCCCUUGAAUAUUGGCUUUAACGUCAAACCUAAAAAAUUUGAAAUGCCGAAAAGAACGGAGCAGCAAGUAGCAUGGUUUGAGGAAAACUCACGUCUCGGGACAUUGACUGUAAGUACUCAAGAAGCUUUUAAAGAGUUCGUUGCUCUCGAAAGCCAUACUCAAAUCAAGUCUUUGAUACACGAUUAUGGAGUGUUUGAUGAUCUUUUCCAAGGAGCCGACUUCAAUAACGUUUUUCCAUUAGAGACAAAAUUUAUAGACGAUAUACGAGUAUUCUAUGGAAAUAUUCUGACGCCAACCCAAACUAGUGAAAAGCCGAGAGUUAGACUGGAUUGUAGCGGAACCGAACCUAAAGAGUUUUUUUGGACUCUAAUUAUGGCUUGCCCGGAUGGCAGUCUAGUUGACGCCGAGGCUGAAAACAUUCACUGGGCUGUUUCUAAUAUCAAGUCUAACCAAAAUUCAAAAGAUGGGGAGGAAUUAGUUCCGUAUUUGCCGCCUAUACCAUACAGAGGCACGGGGUUUCAUAGAUAUGUUAUGCUUGCGUUUCAUCAUAAAGAAAGAGUUCAUUUCGAUGGUGAUUUUUUUAAAUUCAAAAGUGAUUGUCCUUUGGAACGUAGAACUUUUUCGACUUUGAAGUUCUGUCAAAAAUUUGAAGAGGUUAUGACGCCGAUGUCUUUGUCAUUCUUCCAAGCUCAGUGGGAUGGAAGUGUAACUGAGACGUUUCAUUCUACUCUGCGCUUAAGGGAACCGGGUUUCGAAUGGGACAGUCCACCAGCUUAUGUUGCACCCUAUGAAAAGUUUCCAAGAAAUGCAGACAUCUCAUACUUUGAACAGUACCACCCUGAUUUGUAUACUAGACAUGAUAAAGAUACUUAUAUCGACAAAAAAUGGGAUCAAAUUUGGAACACGGUAGAGUAUAGCAAGCAUAUAGCGUUGCAUGAAGAUGAAAUAGACCCCGAGAGAAGAGCUAUAGUUUGGAGGCAAGAUUACAGCGAGCUGUUCUUGACAGAAGAAGAAGCAUAUAGCAAUGAAAUUACAAAAAUUCUGAAGGAGUAUAAAUAUUUUGAGGACAGACCGAAGAAAAAACCGAAAUUUGGAUACUUGGUGUAAGAUUAAUUAGAAGUCUGUGGAAAA